UAUCCCCCUCAACUGAUGGUGGCGGUCUGGGAUUUGUCCGCCAGGCACUCCCGGGGGAGGAACUACAAGGCAGAGUUUGCGUCCUGCCGGCUGGAGGCUGUGCCACUGGAGUUUGGGGACUAUCACCCGCUGAAGCCCAUAACCGUCACAGAGUCCAAGACCAAGAAAGUGAGCCGGAAAGGCAGCACUUCCUCCACGUCCUCCUCGUCUUCCAGCUCCGUGGUGGACCCACUGAGCAGCGUGCUGGAUGGGACAGACCCCCUCUCCAUGUUCGCGGCCACGGCUGAUCCUGCAGCCCCGGUAACACUCCCUGCUUGUGGUCAGUCCUGUGGGGGCAGGGCUG